AAAGACUAUAAAACGGGUCGAUGUCGAACAUUUACUAUCACAUACAUAUAUUGUAUUCGUCUGUUCACUUGACAAAUAAUUUUUAACGAUCAAAAUGUUCAAACUUUUUAUCUUCGCCUGCUUCCUCGCUCUCGCUGCCGCCAAGCCCGGAGUCCUGCCUCUGGCGUACACCGCUGCAUACACCGCCCCCGUCGCUGCUGCGUACACAGCCCCAGUGGCUGCAGCGUACACCGCUCCAGUGACUUACUCCGCGUACACGGCUUACACCGCACCAGUGGCCUAUUCCGCUUAUACUUACGCGUCUCCAUACUCCGCAUACUACCUUCGCCGUUGAUUUUUCCAAUGUCAUAAAUUUUAUUUAAAAUGAGAUAAAUAAAUAUUAUCAAAAUA